CAGAGAGCGAGAGUAUUAAAGAGUCCUCUCGAGGAUUUUUCCAAACUCUUCUUGAUUUGUAGUUCAAGAUUUGUUUGCUAUUGUCCCUCGUUGAUCUGGCUUAUGUCGCAGGAUAGUCAAUACAGGCAUCGACUUUGGCAUCUAGAAGGUCCCACAUUAAGAAUUGACAAUCUCAAAUUAGAACUAUUGCUGGAUUUUGAUCCUCCUUCCUCGUUCCUAUUACCACCCAACUGCCCGCUGAGUUAUGGCCUACGCCCUAGCUAUUGCGUGGCAGCCGCUAGUAGGGCAACGGGAAGCGGCGACACAAGCCUCGCGUGGGGUCGAAGAGGUAUGUUCGGUUGUGUUGGAGCUACCCCCUGGCGUGGUGAAGAUUCGCUGGCCAACGAUUGGCGGGAACUAGGCAUUCCUUUCCUCUCGGAAGAAUAA